UGUUCCAGAAGCAAAACUGUACUCUGCACCAGGAUACAACUCCAGCUGAAAAGCAGCUGGCAAGAAUGUUGGAUACUAGACUUACACUCAAAGACACACUGAAGGGACUGAGUAGGAGGUGCUGAAAGUUUUUAAGAACUUCAUAAACCCAGGAAAAUAUCCAACCAAUUUCUUGCAUCUAUGGAUUGUGUUGUGUUAAUAUGAUACCAAUACUGAAAACAUCUUUGAGAACAUUUAGAACAGGAUGACUUCAACUAUAGGAGAAUGAGCCAGCGCAAAAACAACUGGCAAAACAGCCCUAAGUGAACCUGUUGUGUUUGUACAAACCAUUGAGUUUUUAAACCAGUUGAGGAUAGGCACACAUGAUUGGAAGACAUAAAGGCAGUGGAUGCAUUUCAAGUUGGCCUGAAUUCCAUCCAAUAGAUAUUUAAACUUCCAGUGAAGAACACGCACAAAUACAAAUGAUUUUCUAAGCUGUUCAGGGAGAAGACAUCACAAACUGAUUUUUGUCAAGGGUGAUCCUGCAUAAUGGACCUCUACUUUGUUUGUGUUAUUUUAUGCUUGAUAGCUCCAAGUUCUUCAGAGAUUAUGGAAAACAUUUCCAGCAUUAGCCUGGCCUUUUUGUCUGGUGGGAAGCAAGAACAUGGGGUACCUAUGAGCAUGACCGGCAAUGAAAACAGGACCUCAUCUGUGAAUAUGACCACAAAUGAAAAUGUUAUUGUAUCAGCAAGUGCAUCCGGGUACACACCCACCAAAAUUGAAAAAUUUGCUGUAAGUCAGAGCAAGGAAAUGAAUACUUUCACCAUAGCGCCAGCCAGUGACAGCACAGGAUCUGGUCCCAGUUUAUUUAUGCAUACAAAUCUUGUAGACAGUGGUUUGGAUCAACAAUCUGUAACAGUGUCCAGAGUGUUUUCAGGAUCAGAUUACAUUGGUUCAUAUAAUCCAGCUGAGUACAAAACAACUGGAGUCACUACUAGUUGUAGGGCUGAAACAGUGCAAGUACAUGGAGAUUUGUUCACAGGGAUUGUGAAGCCAAAUUCAGCAACCUCCAUUUCCUCAAUAGCCAGAGCUGAAAAAGUACCAACUGCUGUAUCGACCAUUCCCCAUAUUUACAAUCAUGUUACCAUGUCUCCUGAAAAGUUCUCUUUAACUGAGAGUAUGGGAACAUAUACAUAUCCAGUUGUCAGUUCUACCAUUCCGUUUUCUACAUUUUCCUCAGAUGUAAUUGCAUCUAGUUUUACUGAGGCAAUGGUUGGUGCAUCAUUAACAAUAAGGCAAAAUAGAACCAUGACAACCAACAUUCAGGUUUCUAUUCCAAUGGAUAAUACAACUACUCCAAUGGCUAAUUAUCUGUCUGGUGAGCCACAGAAACAACAGAACUCAGCAUCCCAAACCCACAGCGCCCACCACCUUCAGGCAUCCUUCUCCUCCUUUGCAUCAGUGUCUUCUCAGUUGGCUACAGUCACCAUGGUAUCAACAGCAGCUGGGGAUGAUUUGUCAACAUCAGCAUCAACAUUUGUAUCAGACCUUGAUUCAGCUUCAUCAUCCUCUGUUGCCAAUGUUAGUCCUCAGGAGGCUAUUACCACAGAUAAUACAAUUAAUAAGGAAACAGAGAAAACACUGCCCACCAAAGUGGUUAAAAGUGACCAGGUCACUACACCCACUCCAACACCAUUUGAGACCACUCCAGUUGAUGGCAAAGUAGAUUCUGGCAAAGAACCUGAAAAAGGAAGAAAUGUUACACCUGAACCUGAUGCAAAAACUAGAACUGAAAGUACUCUGAUUACCAUAGCAACUGUUGCUAGGCAGCCAACAACUUUAACAACAACAACUGCAACAACAACCACAACACAUAGGUUGAUAACUACACUGGGGGUAAAUUUACCACUACGGACAACACCUUUCGUGCCUUCAACAGGGAAACCUAAAUAUGUAACAAAAUCAGCACUGAGGAAGGUAACAAUAAAGCCCAAACCUUCCACUCUAAUCACUUCAACAUCAAAACUACUGCAAGUGACUACUCCAAUUGCCAAAGAUGCCCUCCCACCUAUUUAUAUAUCACUAGUGCUGAAAAUGACUUGGACGGAAUUUUGCUUCCAGAGAGAAGAAUUUCAGUCUUUGAUGUCAAAAGCCAUUGAACUUACAAUUGAUAGGUCUAUAAAAGGAAUGCAAGUGGUCAUCCUGAAUAUGUACAUAUGUAAACAAAUGAAUAUAAUUUUUAAGAGGUCUGCAGUGAUAGAUGUCGAGUUUUACUUAACGAAUGAGAGAGGUGAAUUCAGCUUUUACCUGACGGAAAAAUGUUAUGGUCUUCUUGAGAGUGGGUUCCAAGUAACAGGUGGAUCAACAUCAUUCAAAGACAGGUUUCUUUCUUAUACGCUCAAAGGUGAAAAGUCCAGUUCUGUGGCAUCAUCUUUCCAACAGACCCCCAACAUGGCGACUGGUGUUAUUGUUGCUAUAGUGAUAGCAUCUGUGGCUGGAGUGUGUUUUGUUUUGCUUAUCAUCCUCCAGGUAGUUUUAAGGCGCCGAAGAGGUAAAACUAUGCGCUCUUACUACAGCAAAGCUCAGCGAUAUUCUUAUGAUUCCCACAGCUUUGAUUCCAUUUCUAUGACGCAAAUGUCGAAAUUCCGUCGUUCAAAGAGGUUGUCAUCUCGAGGCAAUGGACGGUCAGCAGAAUACUCUGGUUCUUCAGCUCGCCAGUCUGGGCGAUCUGGAAAUUCAGCUAUGGGAUAUAUUAACCAGGCAUUGUUAACAGAAAAGGAGUGCCCUUCACAUCCAGUCAACUUUGCAAAUCUUGCCUCUCUUGUCAAUGAGCCAGACUGUCUGGAAGCAGAAUUUGAGUUACUACCCAACAUCAUGGCUAAGUUGUCAGAGGUGCCAGUGGGGGCAGAGGAUAAGAACCGCUAUGCCAAUGUCAUUCCCAAUCGUGAUACUCGAGUUCCACUAGCUCCUAUUCCUGGUGUACCAACAUCAGAUUACAUAAAUGCUAACUAUAUGAGGGGUUACAUGGGAGAAAGAAACUGCUACAUUGCCACCCAAGCUCCACUGGAACAAACUGUUGCUGACUUCUGGCGCAUGGUCUGGGAACAACAGUCCAAACUCAUUAUCAUGCUCACUGACUUUGAGGAACAAGAAGUGCCUAAGUGUUUUCCAUAUUGGCCCAACACAGAUGGUGUGGAUACCAUGCGUUUAUAUGGAGAUUAUGAAGUGAUGCUUAAGAAGAAAGAGAUCUUUCAAGAAUAUACCAUAUCAGUCCUCUCACUAAAGGAUGUAGAGAGGAACCUGUGCCGUGAAGUGAUCCACAUGUGGUAUACAGCCUGGCCAAUCCAUGGUACCCCAGAGUCCACGCUGUCUGUGCAGACAUUUAUUCUUGAGGCCAGGAAACACAUGGAAGAAAGCAGAGGGCCUGCCAUAGUCCACUGCAGUCCUGGCACUGGUCGCACAGGCACGUUUCUUGCCAUAGACAUAUGCAUGCAAGCAUAUGAAGACUGUCAUUCAGUAGAUAUUCUGAACUGUGUGUACAGACUGAGGUGUGACAGGGGAGGCUCCGUCCAGACCAAAGAACAAUACGUUUUCAUUUAUAAGGCACUCCAUGAUUAUGCAGUUUUUCUUAGUAAUCCAUCCUCCAGUUCAUCCUCUUCCUCAUCCCUGCAUGUGUUGACCUGACACCAAGAGGAAAAGGCAAACAAGAAAAAAAAAACAGCGAGGAGCUCCAAGCUUAUUUUGCAGAUAUAAAUCUUUUUAUAAGUACAUGUAUCAGCACCAAGAAUAUAUUUUGUCUGUUUAUCUCAUGCCUAAACAUAAUCAAACUAGAUUAUGUUUAGGCAUGAGAUAAACAUAAUCUAGUUUGAUUAUGUUUAGGCAUGAGAUAAACAGACAAAAUAUAUUCUUAAACAUAAUCAAACUAGAUUGCAGUAGAGGAAUCAGAAAUAGAUUGCAACAGAGGAGUUUUGUAGUGGCAAGGAGCCAUCAAACAAAUAUCAUGGAUUCUAUGUAGAGGCAUUUAUCCUGUUUUUUGCCUCUAGAUGGCAUAAAAAAACUAUUCAUAUAGGAGCAAACAAAGGACUAAAACAAAUAACUAAUACACAUGACUAAAGCAAAUGUCUUCUCACAUUUGGGUCUUACUGGUUAUUUCCAUCACAUAAAUAGCUUGAUGACUAAAACACCAUCUGUAUUAUGUUUCAGUAAUUUUGUAGGAGUUAACAAUAUGCAUCCAUCCAUCCAUCAGGUCUUGCUUGGUAAUUACAUGCACUAAUAUACUGUAUGUAUAACAAAAAAGGACAAUCAAUCUGAACCUCCUCCUGAAUCUUAAUGCACCUGUCCACAUAUGGACAUAUGGACAUUUUAUUUUCAUUAGAGCAACGGGAGUAGAAGUUCUAAUUGGCAGCCAUGUGUAUACUAAGUACAUGUAUCUUGUUUCAUCUAAAACUGGUUCUCUGUGACAAUUUUUGAAAAGUCCCUUUUAGAGGCUCCCGGGUAGUCUGCUUAGAAGUAAAUGUUAUGUGUUACUUUGUCUGAAUACCAAGAAUAUAGUUAUAUAGAAUCAUUCAUAAACCUACUCUAAGUAUUGUACUUUUUGUGAAGGAUUUGUGGUCAGUAUACACAGAAAUGCACACACGAACACACUAUCAAAUAGAGGGAAUCCGCCAAUUAAUAUUACUGUCAUAUCACAUAAGGGUGUGAUUUUGCAAAUAGUCUUCUAGAAAAUGCAUGUAGUCUUAAAUAUUUGUUUAUAGUAUAUGUAGUUAAGUUGAUAGUUAACAGCAUUACCAUAUUUAGCUGUCUCAAUUUUUUAAAAGAUUUACAAACACAGCUGGGAAUAUUGAAAUGAAGGGAACCAUACUGCAGUGUACUAAGCAAAUGGAAAACUGAAUUAUAAUCCAAUAUAUCUAAUACCCAAUUUAGCCUAAAUGAAUUUAAACCAAAGUGUUUUAGUACUUUGAAGUGUCAUUUUUGGACGGUGCAGUCAAAGCACAGCUUGAAUAACGUAUGCUUUCAUACUGGUGCUAAUCUUGUUCCAGUUGUAUGUAACAUUCUCUCUGCUAGUAUACUACUUAAAUGACCACAAAUGAUGAUAUAACAGUAGUUAAGAACAAACUGGUGAAAAACAGCAGUCUUCUGUUUUAAGGUUUAGAAACAUUAACUCUCUUAAAAUUCAAACACCCAUUCGAGUUGCCAGUAUUUCAUUUCCGAAAUUUUAAACUGUGUCAUGCAAUGUAGAAGAUUCUAAUGCCUGUAAAUUUGCAUUUUGUAGCAGGAGUUUGUAAGAUAUUUUGUAGUGUUUAUUUUUCUACUAUAUGAUUAUUACUAUAAAGCAAUUGUUUCCCUUGAACUGUCUCAGUUCACCAUUUCAUGUAUAAUUUCUGGUUAUAAAUAUAAAUGGUAAUCCUUUUUAUUUAAGGACUCACUUUACCAGACUCAUUUUUAACAUUGUGUUCACACCAAAUUGUUGGUACAAUUAUUGCAGAUAUAACUGAAUAAUUCAGUUGAUAACACGCCCCCUGCCCCUGAAAAAAUUGGAAAUGGGAAUAUACCUGAGGGAAGGACAAAGAUGCCACAAAUAAAAGUUUAAUCCAUAAUUUGAUCAAACAUUUUAAAUGAACAAAUACUGUUAAAAAAAUAAAAUUGCA